AUGCUUGGGGAAUACAUGACGUUGUUUACCUCGUCGGGUUAUGUAUAUCACUCUAAGCAGGUCUGCCAUGGCCUAUUUUCAGCGUACAAGCCUUCAACAUACAAUACUACCCUCUUUAUUGGUAUUAUUUGGGCGGAAACUUCGCUCCGUUCAACUGUUCAACGAGAAAAUGCGUUGAAUGACAAGAUUGGAGCUGCUAAAAAGCUUUCAAAUAUCGAUGACAGCGACUUGCAAUGUGACCAACUUGAAGAAGAGCUAGAGGAAGUCAAAAAAACACGUGCCCAUCAAGAGCGGGAUCUCUACGAAAAGGAGUCUAUGCUUCCUAUGACAUCGUUGAAAAAGGGCUACGAUUCGGUGAAGGGCAAUCCUGCUUGGUAUCUCCAGAAAGAGCUUGUGGAAGAUUGCAUAGGUAAAGGAGGUUGCUGCAGUUGGGACUGUGGAUGUUGUGAGAGAUGUCGAUCAUCAGCUAAGAAAGGGAAAGGGAUUGAGCAUCGUACCGUUGAGUGUAUUUGCUGUAUACACGACCGAGGAUUUGAGUUCACGGCGGAGGAGAAGAAAAAUUUGGAUGAUCGAUUCGAUAGGAUGCUUCGGGCUGGCAAUCCUGCCUUUUUUUUCAAGAUUGCAAACGCGCGUACCUUUCGAAACCUCUGGUCUGGAAAGACAAGACUAAACAUAACAAUGCCUGGUUUUGGCGGUGUUCGCUUGACAUUUGCUUGCUCUACGUUAUAUUGCCACUUCAAGUUGGCUGUGUGUCUCCCAAUAUGA